AUGCUUACAGAGGAAAACCUCCAACAUCAUCGUCAAUACCACCAAGAAGAAGAACAAGACGGAGAGCACAAACCACUCGUAUCAACAGCCACAACCACAGUAACCAAUUAUUCGUCUAUCCAUCAUCAUGCAGCCAAAAAUUGCAAAAAGGCAAAUUCCACCACUUCAUCACAGGGAACCCAAGUAGAGUCUACACAUGAUAAAAAAGUGAUUAGCAAGGCUUACUGGCAAUCCGUGUUCAAUCGCUACUCGACAUCCGUCUAUCUAGAAAACAAAGGCAGCGUCGCAAGAGACCAUUUAGGUAAUUUCCUGGGUAGAGAGGGAUUAGAUCAUUUCAUUAACAUAUUUCACCAUUUUUGUUUGUUUCGAUAUUAA